CGCAGUGAGUUUGAUUUUACAGAAUGGGAAUCCUAUGAGCACCUAUCACAGCUGUAUUGGUUGUCACAGCACCUGCUGAUGCUCAAAUAGUUGCGGCAAAGAAAGUUAUCUCAUCUCUUCACAUUACCAGCAGUCAUGUGCAACAGGAUGAUACGCAAGAGAAAAGGCGCUGGUGUUUACCUGGCUGCAGCUGUUAUUCUGACGUGUUAUUUUGCGCAAACUAUAGACUGUUAUCGUCUGAAGAAAACGGAAAGACGAGAUGGGAGAAAAGAUGCCGAUACAACAAAUAGGUUCCAAGAGGGGACAAUUGUUUUUGGGAGAGCUUUUGAAAAAGGGUCAGGACUUGAUUCUCAAGUCACAGACGGGACCAAGACGUCAUCCUCAAACGCUUAUGUGGAGGAUGAAGGUGCUUAUCAAGCAGACUCUGCAGGCUGGAUGAGCCCAACACAAGUCGCCAGUCCCAAAGACUCGUCAUGGAUGAGCAUGUCGCCCUCACUGCAGUGUGGUACGGGCCAGUUGAAGUUCAGAGUGGUGGAACCAGGAGAAUCACAAUUUGCGGUAGAACAAGGAAAUGCACCUCCAAUGCCUCUGUCCCAAGUCCCGUCUACCUGUGGCUACAGCAUGCAGAGGAACUCGCAUGCACUUGUCAUGUUGGUUCCCUAUGAUGGCUGCAACAUGGUUCAAGAGGGUGGAAGUUAUGUACUCCCGAUGCGUUGGCAAGGAAUUCCAGUCUCUCUCUGGUGUUCCAAACCUGCCGCACCUCGUGCUUCACCUCCUGCCUCACCUCCAGCCGCACCUCCUGCCUCACCUCCAGCCGCACCUCCUGCUUACAAAACGACUUCCCCCCAUUCCCCUGUACCUCAGAUGCCUCGGAUGCCUCAAAACCCUCCGAUGCCUCAAUACACUUGGAUGCCUCGGAUGCCUCAAUACCGUCAGAUGCCUCAAAACCCUAAGAUGCCGGAGACAACGACCACACGGCCUAUAACUGCAAAGGCGACUCAAAUUCCCAAAAUUCCAGCACUGCCUCGGAUGCCUCGAUACCCUCAGAUGCCUCAAAACCCUGAGAUGCCUCAAAACCCUCAGAUACCUCAAUACCCUCAGAUACCUCAAUACCCUCAGAUGCCUCUGACGCCUCAAUGCCCUCAGUUCCCUGAGAUGCCUCAAUUCCCUGAGAUGCCUCAGAUGCCUCAAAACCCUGAGAUGCCUCAGAUGCCUCAAAACCCUGAGAUGCCUCAGAUGCCUCAAAACCCUCAGAUGCCUCAAUACCCUCGGAUGCCUCGAUACUCUCAGAUGCCGGAGACAACAGCAACGACCUCACAAACUACAACUGCAAAGGCGACUCAAAUUCCUAAAAUUCCUGCACUGCCUCAGAUGUCACAAAACCCUAAGAUGUCACAAAACCCUCGGAUGCCUCAAAACCCUCGGAUGCCUCAAUACCCUCGGAUGCCUCAAAACCCUCGGAUGCCUCAAUACCCUCGGAUGCCUCAAAACCCUCGGAUGCCUCAAUACUCUCAGAUGCCGGAGACAACAACAGCAACGACCACUCAAACUACAACUGCAAAGGCGACUACAAUUCCUAAAAUUCCUGCACUGUCUCAGAUGCCACAAAACACUCAGAUGCCACAAAACACUCAGAUGCCUCAAUACCCUCCGAUGCCUCGGAUGCCUCAAUACCCUCAGAUUCCUCUGCCUCAAUACCCUCAGAUUCCUCUGCCUCAAUACCCUCAGAUGCCUCAAUACCAUCCGAUGCCUCAAUACCCUCGGAUGCCUCAAUACCCUCGGAUGCCUCAAUACCCUUGGAUGCCUCAAUACCCUCGGAUGCCUCAAAACCCUCAGAUGCCUCAAUACGCUCAGAUGCCGUUUGCACAAUAUAUGCCGAUGUAUCCUCCCUUUAAUCCUCUUUAUCCAGCUACAAAGCCAAAAACGACUACAACUAAAGGCUAAAACUCCCGUAUCGCAGCUUCCACCAUCUAUGCCUUACUAUCAUCUUUACCCUACGAUCCCUCCCAUCCCCAAUAUCCAACCACUCCAGCUACCACUGUGAAACCAGAUCCCCCGCCCACUCCGGCACCCCAUCCUCCUUUUCAUCCCCAUGUUCACUUGCCCAUAUCAUUGCUGCCUCCUUUUCCUCCUCCACGCUACCUUACUUAAAACGUUCUAAUAAAAGUUUUGAACAGA